CAAGUUAUAUUAGAUAUAAAUCCACUUUCUAAAAAGACACACCAAUUAGGUUAUUUUAUGAUUAUGUGUCGAUCACUCCUUGUUUCUCACUUUCUUUAUUACAGUGAAAUUUCCUCAUCAAUUCAUCACCAUGGCAGAAACUAACUCUGAAUCUCCUACACCUUCGUCCUUUGGCCCCAUGAGAAGCAUACCAUGUGAUGACCAAGUUGGUGGGUUUGAUUGGAUGGUCCUUGUGGCAGCCAUUCUAUGUGCCUUGGUGUGUGCUCUUGGCCUCAACACGAUGCUGCAAUGUGUAUUCCAAUGUGCUUCUCGUGUUCUGACGCAACCUCGCCAAUGGAUGGCUUCUCGCAGGCUGAAUUCUGGUCUGAAGAGGAAGGAAAUGGUGGGUUUGCCAACCUCAACCUUCACAAACUCUCCCUCUCCAUCUUCACCUUCUACCUGUGUCAUUUGCUUGGCUGAGUUCUCUGAUGGAGACCCUAUAAGGUUCCUCCCAAACUGCAAACACUUUUUCCAUGUUCUUUGCAUUGACAAGUGGCUCCUUUCUCACUCUUCUUGCCCUACUUGCAGACACCUACUCAACCCAAAUCAUCACCAUCUUCACUCCUUACAUACUGUCAUAACAACUUAGUCAUCUAUUUAUCUUCCAUUUAAUACAACUAUUGUUUCUAACAUACCUCUUUU